AUGGGUAUUCUGCCCCGCAAUUACCCCGACCCAGUCGUGGGAUCUGCUGCGGCAGCGAUACUCUUCACUGCUCUCACACGAUACCAUUCUGUCAGGAGAUUGGAGUUGUGCUCCGAACUUGUUUGCUGGACGAUACUUCCUUUCUUAUUCAAAUAUGCUGGAUCGCCAAGACCCGGCAAUGCAUCACCGUUAUUGCCAAACGCUCCGCAGAAGCCACAAUACUCUCCAGCCUCUCAAUGGCUGGUCGCUUUUGGCGUCGCGUCGGCCGCUUUCUUUACAGCUGAGAGCAACGCUAUUGGCUUCUAUCCCAUCCUGACACCUCUGCUUCUCACAGCACAGACGUACUUUCAACCUCCCACAAUACCUUCCGACGCUCACACGUCAUCUCGUCUCAUCCACACGAUACGAGGAACUUGGCUGGUUGCAAUCCCUUCAGUAUGGUCUCUAUCAAAUGGAGAUCUGCUAGGAUCUCUGGUGUCGCUUAUCCUAGUAGUCUCACUCCUCGUUGUCUACACUAUCCUGUUACCCGACUUCAGAGUGUCCAGGUUGUCGCUUUCAUCCGUGGAUAUUGAAGCAACUAUCAAGACCGUUGCAUUUCGUACAAAUAUCUUACUGGUUGUUGGUAUCGCAUUUCAGAGAAUCGUUCUAGGCCCUCCGACAACCGAUGUUCUAUCCCUGCUGAUAUCAGGGUUGCUCAAAGCUGCGUCUUGGUUCUUCACCAUACAGACUGCACAGCAAACAUCUUGGUGCAUCGCCACCACUCUGGGAACAUUUUCCCUAGCCUGUACCAGAAAUCCCUUUUCUCAAUCCUCACACUUCCUAGCCUUGUCACAUGUCGGGUUCUCCUCGCUCUUUUUAUACCAAACAUACCAACUCCUCCCAAAACAAGCCAAGGGCAAGGCUCUUCUCUGGAUCUUCUUUUCGCUAUCCGCUGUUCCUUAUGUCUUCGAUGGUUAUAUGAUCCAACGGGCACAGUCAUUGGCGGACAGUGCCUUUAGCGGCACUCAGGUUCAUCCUGUCGAGACGCUGGGACUACAAGCGACGGAUGUCUUCAAUACCGUAUUGAAGUCUCAGUCUAAGGAUAACACAAGCGCCAUUGCCGAAUAUCGAAAACGCCAUGGCAUGCAACCACCGCCAGGCUUCGACGCGUGGUUCCAAUUUGCGAAACAACACCAAUCACCCAUCAUUGACGAAUUUGACACGAUUCACAAGUCAAUAGCUCCAUUCCUGAAACUAAGUGGUAAGGAGGUAUCCAAAACGAUACAAAAGCUACACAAAACAAAAGGAAGCGAGUUAUGGCUGUGCGAGUUCACAGGCAAAACCGCCAAGACAAAGUGCCGUCAUCCGCAUCGUUCCUUCGACAGACAUUAUAGUCUUCUUUUCAACGAACUGUUCUCAGACUUGGCUGGUGUUCUUCCAGAUGUCAAGUUUCUCAUCAAUCACUUCGACGAACCUAGGGUAAUGAUUCCACCAGAGGGCAAGCGGGAUAAUUCUUUUCGAUUGGAGGACAUGUCACUGAAACCCACUUGGAAAACACUGACCAGCCACUGCCCAUCGCCCCGACGGGAGAGUCGCAGCGGUGUGAAUGAUGACAUCAACACAUUCGGUCUACCCUUUGUUAUGAAUCACUCUUCUGUGAUAGACUUGUGCCAGCACCCAGAGUACAAGGAGUUGCAUGGCGCCUUUAUCAACCCGAAGACCUUUCGACUCAUUGAGGGACUCGCACCAGUUAUGUCAACUGGAGCAUUCUCAACCAUGGGCGAUAUCUUAUUCCCCAGCCCAGCCUACGUCGAAGACGAAUUCCUGUACGAGCCCCAGCACGAUAUGCCAUGGUCACAGAAAAAGGACAACCUGUACUGGACUGGUUCAACCACCGGCGGCUAUGCUUUAGAUGAACAGUGGAGGAAUCAUCAACGACAAAGAUUUGUGAGCUUGGCGCAGAAUCUCGAUCACCAGCCGCACUCAUAUCUGAGACAAGUCAACGGAGUGGUCAGCAACGUCAAGUCAUGGUUUUUAAACGGACGGUUAUACGACGUUGGCUUCACAAGAAUAUUCCAAUGUGAACGGAAAUACUGCAGAGACCAAAGGACCUUUUUCGACGUUAAAUCAUGGGCGAACAAAGACAAAGCGUUCGGCUCAAAACUAGUCUACGACAUCGAUGGAAAUGGCAUAAGCGGACGCUACUACAAGCUCUUGGCAUCGAAUUCCCUCCCCUUGAAGCAAGCCCUCCUCCGAGAAUGGCACGACGAGCGGUUGAUGCCGUGGGUGCAUUACAUACCCGUUAGCCAGAGCCUGGAGGAACUUCCUGAGCUUGUGACAUAUUUGACUUCCACUAAGGCCGGGCAGAAGCUAGCAGAGCGUAUUGCGAAUCAGGGGAGCGAGUGGAUGGGUCAGGCUAUUCGGAAAGUUGACAUGACUAUAUAUACUUACCGGCUGUUGUUGGAGCUGGCUAGACUGCAGGACCCAGCGAGAGAAGCAAGUUGA